CCCACCACGCCCCACCACUCUGCACACAUUUCACUAUCGUAAACGCAACGAUACGUCCGAACUUGAGGCAGCUAAAUUAUACCGUUAUUUGCAACGAUUGCUUGAAGUUUAGUACCGUGCGAGAGCUAGUUAACGCGGCGGUCGACCGCUCGCCCACAUAUUUCCUUCGCAAAGGCGUUUUUUUUUCAUUCUCGUUAAAAAACGUUCAAAUGGAACAAAUGAAUUGCUAAGUAUCUUGCAGUUUGAGCGCUGGGAGAACGGAGCAAGUGAGAUUUUAAAGCGUUCGUCGCUCGAAAGCCACCGACGCGAGGUUUUAACGCGGCGUUGAAAAAACGCCAGUGCGAAUAAGAACUUCCUAAUGAGCUGCGCCUCUCUAAAUCCCUCGAUUAUACAUUUUGUUGUUUCUCAUUUAGUUUUAUUACGAUAAAACGAACCUGAGAAUAUUAUCGCCUCCUCCUAUUAGAUCGAGAGUGUAAUGUAACUGGGGGUGUUAGGACUGCAGAGACACCUGUUUUAAUAUUUUUUAUUGUAGUGUAUAUUGUGUAAAAGAGAAGGAAAGGGACGACGAUAUGUAUAGUCGCGGUGCACUCGCUCACUACUGGACAAUGUUUUCGUGAAAUGUGAUAAUAGAAUAGCACGAACACGAACUUGUAUAUCGCGACUGUUGUUUUACUCAGAUAGUUUGUACUUGAAGCUUUCGAUACUUUGAGCGUCCCCCGGCCGCCCCCUGCCACCCCCUGCAGACCCCUGCCGCCCCAUGCAGCCCCCUACAGCGGUGCGGUGCGUGGUUUGUUAAAAAAAAGUGUUUUAUGUAAUAUAUUCUUUGUUUUUUUAUUUAUGAAUUCUGCAACAAAUUACACGUUCCUUUUAAUUUGUACAGGAUAAGUGUAGCUUGUAGUUCCCGCCCCACGCCCCGCCCCCCACGUAGAUAUGUAAGCAUCGGUGUACGCUCCACUUUACGGAAUAUAACUUUAAUAAUGAACUCUAUGAAACGUAGGCCGCCGCGGAAUUUAGAGCUUACGAGUUGCACUGUUCGUGAAGUGAUCGAUGUUUAGGAAUUAUUGUUUUAUUGUAACUAUAUGUUUUGUAUUCGUGUCGUGACGUGUCGUGUCGUGACGUGACGUGACGUGUCGUGUCGUGUCGCGCUCGCGGUCCAGUCCUGGCUUACAAUUUCAUUUUUUACCGUGUGAAGUGCUGCGGUUAACGCAUUUCUUGUUAAAAUAUUUUAUGUAGCAAUUUAUUUCCUGACGAAAGAUUUUGUAAUCAAAUAAAUGAUGGCUAUUUUCUAUAAUGUUUUAUUUUGUCAUGAUGUUCAUCCCUAAACAAGCGGCAACUGCGUCUCUACAUGUAGUAGCGCGGGUAGUAAUGUACAAUCUCCUCAUUGGUGUGAAGUGAACAUUCCCCUAACCUCUACCUACCUGACACGUAGGAGAUUUACUGAAAAGUUAAGAUAAAGAAAAGAGGAAAAAUAAAAAGUCCUCGACGGUAUUUUUCAUAGAGGUAGGAUUUGUGAAGGAGAGCUGCAGCCGGCGAGCUCGCCCCGCGCUGAUCUCUCUCUUCUCUCACUUCAUCGCCGCUAAAAAGUUAGGUUUCAUAUUGAGACUUCCUUUAACUGGUUCUCAGGACACUUUUCUAAUGCAAAAAAUAAACGACAACCUUUUUUUAUACAAUUGUCAAGGUGACAUUAAGUUAAGACGUCUAUCGUUUAUGCUGUAAUAUUAAUUUAGUAUUUAGAUACAAAAAUGUUAUUAUUAAUUUUAAUAAGCAGCCUAGCGAGUAACGCGCUGGGGUCGGCGGAGCUGCGCGGGCUGUACGGGCUGCGCGGCGGCAACCGCGUCACUCUGUGCAUGAGCCCGGGCACGGCGGGCCGCGGCCAUGACGUGUGCCGCGGCGCGCUGUGGCGACGCCACUGGGUGCUCGUGCGCGGCAGCUGCGUGGCGCGCCGCCCCCUCUACCCCGUCGUGCUCGUGCGCGACUCCGCCGACAACGUCGACUGCGAGGAGGUGCAACAAGACAUGUUGUACUACAAUUACCGCAAAGUGCUUGCACGAUUCAUGCACCCCAACUUCCCAGAGACAGACUUUGCGCUGAUUUGUGUUCUGGAGCCAUUUGAUGCAUUGCAAGUCACCUCCAAUGCCAGCAUGGAACUGCUCACUAAGCUGGAGCCGUGGCUGUGGGAAACAUAUAACGGAUUCUCUCCUGAGACACACUUGGCACAUUAUUGGCCCAGUGAACAGAACAUGGUGUUUGCAUCCCCUGUGAGAAUGUUCAUGGCUACAGUCGUUCUGCCAUUGACGAUUUUUAUAGCAUUCUUCCUGCUUAUUACAUUCUACACGGGCACUGACAAGAACUCUCUCCCAUAUAGAAGCCUUGAGGAUAAAGACGACUCUUCUUUUGCGUAGACUGAAUAAAAACGAAUAAUUUAUA